AUGGCAUCAUCACUACGUAUGGCAAGCACAAGUGCAGCACGCACACUAUUUGCAAGAUCAGCAUCAGCCGCUGUUGCAUCUAGACAAGUUGUGCCAACUGCAACUCGUGCAUUCUCUACAACAAAGCCAGCCUCUUCCGAUGCCCUUUUCGUUCAUCGUGAUACGGAUUACAACAAUGCUUCCAUCCCAUUCAAGUUCACAGACGAAAACAUGAAAUUGGCCGAAGAAAUCAUCUCACACUACCCAAAACAAUACAAGAAAGCUGCCGUUAUCCCACUCCUAGAUUUAGGACAACGUCAAAAUAGCGGUUGGGUUUCGAUCAGUGUGAUGAAUUAUGUGGCAGAAGUGUUGGAAAUGCCUCCAAUGCGUGUAUAUGAAGUUGCAAGUUUCUAUACUAUGUUCAAUCGUGAACCCGUAGGUAAAUAUUUCAUUCAAUUAUGCACAACAACACCAUGCAUGUUGGGCGGAUGUGGAAGUGAAAAGAUUUUGGAAACAAUGAAAUCUCAUUUAGGAAUCGAUUUAGGUCAAACGACAAAAGAUAAACUUUUCACUUUGAUCGAAGUGGAAUGUUUGGGAGCUUGUGCAAAUGCACCAAUGGCACAAAUCAAUGAUGAUUAUUAUGAAGAUUUGACACCCGAGACCACUGUUAAGCUUUUGGACGGACUACGUGCCGGUCAACCACCUAAGCCUGGCCCACAAAGCGGCCGUCAUUCAUCGGAGGCUGCAGAAGGAAGAUCAGCUCUAACGGAAGAGCCAUACGGACCCGGACAACACUGCCGACCUGAAUUCCAAUAA